AUGGACGUAGCCACCUUCGGCGCUGCCAGUUCUCCAUGCUCGGCACAAUACGUGAAGAACCUGAAUGCCCAGCAGUUUUCCACUCGGUAUCCGGCAGCAGCACAAGCCAUCGUUCACCGCCAUUAUGUCGAUGACUACUACGACAGCUUCGACACCGAAGAGGAAGCUAUCGAGCGCACCAGAGAGGUACGUUGGAUCCACUCGAAAGGUGGAUUCGAGAUCACCAACUGGACAUCUAAUUCUACAGCUGUUCUUCGAAGUUUGGGAGUGGUUGGUGGCUCCAGAGAGUCAAUCCAUUUGAAUCAAGACAAGGUGACGGAGUACGAACGAGUUCUCGGUAUCAUGUGGGACACACAGAACGACGUGUUUUCAUUUGCGGUACCUACAAAAGCUGCGGCUUCUCAGACGGCACCACCGAAGAAGCGUGAAGUCCUAAGCACGAUCAUGUCUUUGUUUGAUCCGAUAGGGCUGUUGGCUCCUUUUACGGUGCUAGGAAAAAUGCUUAUGCAGGAUCUGUGGCGAGCAGGUUGCGAAUGGGACCAGCAAAUUAGUGGAGAAUGUUUAGAAAAGUGGCGACAGUGGGUCGCAAUGUUUUCUCUGGUCGAGGGUGUUCGCAUUCCUAGAUGCAACUUUGGGUCGACAUCUUCUGAUCGAUUUGGCCAAAUUCAGCUGCAUAUCUUUACAGACGCCGGGGAAAAUGCUUUUGGAUGCGUUGCGUACCUGAGGAUUUGCGUUGAUGACACUGUUAAAUGUUCGUUGGUGCUGGCUCGAUCGAAAGUGGCACCGAUUAAACAACUUUCCAUACCACGGCUCGAAUUGAAGGCAGCAGUUUUGGGUGCGAACCUAAGUCACGCGGUCAGGAAUAACCAUUCCCUUCCUAUAGGCCGAACAUACUUCUGGUGCGAUUCUCAAACCGUUCUUUCCUGGAUCCAAACCGAUCAACGUCGUUAUCAACCCUUCGUCGGCUUUAGAAUCGGAGAAAUUCUAAGUCUCUCUAAGUUGACGGACUGGCGCUACGUCCCGACCAAGUUGAAUGUAGCAGAUUCGCUCACCAAGUGGGGUCGUCUUCCAAGUCUUUCAGGUGAGGGUUCUUGGUUUCGUGGCCCGGAGUUUCUGUACCAGCAUCCGUCGAAAUGGCCCCAACAAAAUCUUCCCGAAGCAAAUACAAAAACGGAAAUCAAAGCAAUACACCUUUUCCACAGUGUUGAGCUUCCGAGUUCCCUAAUCGACGUGACUAGAUUUUCGAAAUGGAAUGUUGCAGUUCGCACAAUGGCGUGCGUCUUCCGGUUUAUAUCCAACUGUCGGCGUAAGAUUGCUGGCAAACCCAUCGAAACUGUCCUGUCGACUCCAAAGUUUAAACGGUUCAUCAAGAUCGAAAUUCCAUUUGUAGUGGUUCCGUUGCGGCAAGAUGAGCAUCGACGUGCUGAAAAUGUUCUCUUCAGGUUGGCUCAAAGCGAGACCUACAGUGACGAGAUCAGAAUACUGAAGCGCAACUCAGAGUUACAUUUCCAAAAAUGGUUGCCUUUGGAGAAAUCAAGUCCUCUCUUCAAGCUAGUUCCUUUGAUCGACGCAGAUGGUGUGUUGAGAAUGGAAGGGCGUUCCGAAAAAGCGGAGUUCCUCCCCUUUGACCUUCGAUUCCCGAUAAUUUUACCAAGAACUCACUGUGUCACAAAACUUUUGGUUCAACAAUACCACGAGAGGUUUGGACACGGAUAUCGAGAAACGGUGAAGAACGAAAUUAAGCAACGUUUCGUGGUAAGCGGUCUCAGCAAUUUGAUAAGACGAACCGAAGGAAGCUGCGUAUGGUGUAAGGUCCGAAAAUGUCUGCCGAAGAAUCCCAAAAUGGCUGCACUGUCCGUGCAAAGAUUAACCCCUUUCAAACGGCCAUUUACGUUCGUUGGGCUUGACUAUAUGGGUCCAGUUGAAGUCGUCGUUGGUCGCCGCAAGGAAAAACGCUGGAUCGUGGUAUUCACGUGUAUGGUUGUAAGGGCGGUGCAUUUAGAAGUUGCCCACAGUCUUACCGCGCAAUCAUGCAUAAUGGCGAUCCGCCGUUUCAUCAGUCGCCGAGGUCCAGCUUCUGAAUACUUCUCGGAUAACGGGACGAACUUGCGAGGGGCGAGUAAGGAGAUAAUCAAACAAGUACGGGAAAUCGAUAAUGUUUGCGCCGACGAAUUCACGACUGCUAUCACGAGUUGGCACUUCAUCCCACCUGGAACACCCCACAUGGGAGGAGCGUGGGAGAGGAUGGUGCGCUCGGUGAAGCAGGUCAUGACAGCCUUAGACGACGGGCGUCGAUUGAACGAUGAAAUCCUCCUGACUACGCUAGCUGAAACUGAGGACAUGAUCAACAGCCGGCCACUUACUCUUGUAUCUUCGGAUCCAGUGGUAAAUGCACUUUGUCCCAAUGUCUUUCUGCGUGGUUCAGAUCCCAACGAGCCACAUGAAGUCAUCAAACCUACCAACCCUGCAGAGGCACUUCGGGAUGCUUACAAGAGAUCCCAGCAGCUGGCCGACGACUUAUGGAAGCGGUGGAUAAAAGAGUACGUGCCGACAGUCAACCAGCGAUCCAAGUGGUUCUCCGAGGCAGAUCCUCUUAAGAAAGGAGAUCUCGUGUACGUUGUAGACGGAAAUCGACGCAAGGCCUGGGUUCGAGGAAUUAUCGAAGAACCGAUCUUCUCUAGUGACGGACGGGUACGCCAAGCUUUAGUGCGUACAACUAGGGGUGUUUUUCGACGUGGGACGGCUAAUCUGGCUGUGCUGGAGAUUACUGGAGCUGCUGACGAAGUCCAAAUGGUGGGUCCAGAGAGUGUCGCUCAUCAUACAACGUUUUAA